UCAGUUGUCCAAAGACAGCCGACGGAGACAGAAGCAAACAACGGGAAACUACUAAAAAAAGAGAGCAAAAAGCACCAAACGUAUAGGAACAGCAACAACAAAUGCAUUAGUAAAGCACAUUUUUUCAUUAUUUAUAGAAACAACAAAUUUACAGCUGACAUUUGUGUGUUGCUUUGCUGGGUAUAGUAUUUAUUUUUGGAGUGAGAAUAAUUGAUCAAAAUGACGACGAAAUUCUCAAUCAAUGGACAACCCUAUACGGUUAAUCUGACCAAUCUGCCGCCGGAUAUCACUUUGAAUACAUUUAUACGGGAGCAUGCGCAACUUACGGCCACCAAAUUCAUGUGCCAAGAGGGGGGAUGUGGAGCCUGCGUUUGUGUGGUGCGGGAUGCGAAUAAACGCGCUUGGGCAGUUAAUUCGUGUCUCACCUUGUUGAAUACCUGUGCCCAGCUGGAGAUCACCACAGCUGAGGGAUUGGGCACUCAACGUAGUGGCUAUCAUCCCAUACAGAAGCGUUUGGCUAAAAUGAAUGGCACUCAGUGUGGUUUCUGUUCGCCGGGCUUUGUGAUGAACAUGUACGGUCUGCUGGAGAAGCAUGGAGGCGAAGUCAGCAUGGAGGAGGUGGAGAACUCAUUCGGUGGCAAUAUCUGCCGUUGUACUGGCUACCGACCCAUAUUGGAUGCCAUGAAAUCCUUUGCCGUUGAUAGUACCAUACAAGUUCCCGCGGCUUGCAAGGAUAUAGAGGAUUUGAACCUCACGGCUCGAAAUUGUCCCAAAACGGGACAGCUUUGUGCGGGAAAGUGUCAUCAGCAGCUAAGGACAUUAGUCUAUGAUGAUGGCACUCAAUGGCAUUGGCCAAAGUCAUUGGCUGAGUUAUUCGAGGCUCUAGAUAAGAUUGGCGACAACGAAGAGUUUAUGCUAGUGGCUGGAAAUACAGCUCACGGUGUCUACAGGCGUUCGCCGAAUAUUAAACAUUUUAUUGAUAUCCAGCAAGUGGAGGAAUUGCGACAGCAUAAACAAGAAGGCAACAAGCUCACCCUGGGUGCCAAUUUGAGUCUAACACAAACCAUGGAUAUACUAAAGACUACAGCCGUAGAAACUGGUUUUGAGUAUCUGCAGGUUCUGUGGAAUCAUUUGGACUUGAUUGCCAAUGUGCCAGUGCGCAAUUCUGGCACUUUGGCUGGUAAUAUUUCGAUUAAGAAGCAACACCCUGAAUUUCCCUCAGAUAUAUUCAUUGCAUUUGAGGCCUUGAAUGUCCAAGUGGUGGCUAUGAAAAAUGCCAAAGAUGAGCUGCAAAUGUCACUGAGCGAAUAUUUAAAAUCUCAAGAUAGAAAACUCUUGCUCAAGGCCUUUAUAUUGCCCAACUAUCCGAAGGAGAACUUUAUAUUUGACUCAUACAAGAUUAUGCCUCGAGCCCAGAAUGCCCAUGCCUAUGUGAAUGCUGCCUUCUUGCUCGAGUUGGCCGGUGGCGUGACGAAAGUGAAAAGUGCUAGGAUCUGCUUUGGUGGCAUUCGUCCAGAGUUUGUUCACGCCACUGCCAUUGAACAACUGAUAACUGGACAAAAUCCUUAUGAUUCCGGCCUAGUAGAGCAAUCGUUUGCCAAACUUUCUUCUCUCCUGCAACCAGAUGAAGUUUUACCGGAUGCUUCGCCUCAAUAUCGUUUAAAAUUGGCUUGUGGCUUGUUUUACAAGUUUCUUAUCAAACAUGCUCCCCCCGCGGAGAUCAACGAGAAAUUCCUAAGCGGUGGACAUUUACUCCAACGUCCUCUGUCAUCUGGACUGCAAACCUUCCAGACUCAGAAACAAAAUUACCCAGUCACCCAGGCUGUAGAAAAAGUUGAGGGUAUGAUUCAAUGUUCCGGGGAGGCCACCUACAUGAAUGAUGUUCUAACUACAUCGAAUACUCUGUACUGUGCUUUUGUGGGAGCCGACAAAGUGGGAGCCAUCAUUGAGGAAAUAGAUGCAACGGAAGCCCUAAAACAACCUGGUGUAAUUGCAUUCUAUAGUGCCAAGGAUCUGCCGGGCACCAAUACAUUUGUUGAGCCAAGUUUUGGUUUUGAAAAAGAAGAGAUCUUCUGCUCGGGUACAGUGCGUCAUCAUGAGCAACCUGUCGGUGUAAUGGUGGCUCUUACUGCAGACCAGGCACAAAGAGCAGCAAAGCUGGUAAAGAUUAUUUACAGCCAGCCAAGUUGGGAUAUAGUAAUAUUGCCUAGUUUAUCUGAUGUGUUUGAAAGUGGAAAACCCAUCGAAUCCCGCAUUGUUCAAGUGUCCAAGUCGAAGAUUAAGAAGCUUAAGUUCUCUGCUGAUCCAGAUGUCAGUGUCAAGGGAAUCUUUCAAAUGGGUCUUCAAUAUCAUUUCACCUUGGAACCCCAGACCACGGUGGCUAUACCCUUUGAAGAUGGCCUCAAGAUAUAUUCGGCUACUCAAUGGAUGGAUCUGACUCAAUCUGUGAUUGCUCAUAUGCUGCAGAUAAAGGUCAAGGAUGUUCAACUAGAAGUGCGUCGUCUGGGUGGGGGAUAUGGAUCAAAAAUAUCCCGAGGUAAUCAAGUGGCCUGCUCUGCAGCUUUGGCUGCCUACAAAUUGAAUCGACCUGUGAGAUUUGUCCAAUCUCUCGAGUCCAUGAUGGAUUGCAAUGGCAAGCGUUGGGCCUGCCGCUCUGACUAUCAAUUCCAUGCUCAGGCUAAUGGCAAAAUUGUUGGAAUGGAGAAUGAUUUUUAUGAGGAUGCUGGCUGGUGUCCAAACGAAAGUCCCAUCGAGGGUCACUCCACUUUUACAGCGUCCAAUUGCUAUGACCUGAACGCCAACAGUAAUUUUAAGAUCAACGGCAAUGCUGUGCUAACCGAUGCUCCCAGCUCUACUUGGUGCCGUGCACCGGGUUCUGUGGAGGGAAUCGCAAUGAUGGAGAACAUUCUAGAGCAUGUCGCCUUUGCGGUUCAGAAGGAUCCGGCUGAGGUGCGUAUGCUCAACAUAACCAAGGGCAAUAAAAUGGCAGAAUUGCUGCCAAAGUUCUUGGAAUCGAGGGAAUACCAUGCUAGGAAACAAGAUAUUAAUGAAUACAAUACCAAGAAUCGUUGGACCAAACGUGGUCUAGGCUUGGCCGUCAUGGACUAUCCAAUUUUCUAUUUUGGCCAAUAUCCAGCCACAGUGGCCAUUUAUCACGUUGAUGGCACAGUGGUUGUUAGCCACGGCGGCAUUGAAAUGGGUCAAGGCAUGAACACCAAAAUAGCCCAGGUGGCUGCGCAUACCCUGGGCAUUGAGUUGUCUUUCAUCAAAGUGGAGUCCUCGGAUACCAUUAAUGGAGCCAAUUCCAUGGUCACUGGCGGUGCUGUCGGUAGCGAAAGUCUGUGCUAUGCCGUGCGUAAGGCCUGCCAGACUCUCAAUACUCGUCUGGAGCCUGUGAAGAAACCAAAAGCCACUUGGGUGGAGACAGUGGGGGCUGCCUAUGCCGCUUCCAUCAAUAUGAUUGCUUCCGAUCAUUACAAAGAGGGCGAUAUGCAAAACUAUCAUGUCUAUGGUCUGGCUCUAACUGAAAUCGAACUGGAUGUCCUUACUGGCAACAAUCAAAUCAAACGUGUCGACAUUCUCGAAGAUGCAGGCGAAAGUUUGAGCCCUAACAUCGAUAUAGGUCAGAUUGAGGGAGGCUUUGUUAUGUGUCUUGGUUAUUGGCUGAGCGAGCAACUUGUCUACGACCGGCAAACGGGACGCCUAUUAACCAAUCGCUCUUGGAACUAUAAGCCGCCUGGCCCCAAAGAUAUUCCCAUUGAUUUUCGCAUUGAAUUGGUUCAGAAUCCGAGUCCAAGCAGUGCUGGCUUUAUGCGUUCCAAGGCCACAGGAGAGCCGCCUUGUUGUCUAGCCGUAAGUGUUGUUUUUGCCCUGCAACAGGCAUUGCAAUCAGCUCGUCAGGAUGCUGGUUUACCCCGCGAAUGGGUACGUCUAGGAGCGCCAACUACUCCCGAAACUUUGGUGCUAAAUGCGGGACAUGAGGUAACUAGUUUUAAGCUUAAGUAGACACUUACUUAUUUGGGGGCGGUUUACUAUUGUUAUAUAUAUUGAAAUUUAUUAAACAAAUACAUAUGAAGAAAGUGUACAAUAUAAAUAAAAGACAAACAAAUAUACAUACUGAAGAAAUGAAAUAUAAAGUAUCCAUUGUAAAGCAAA